UAUUUUAGACUUUUAAAAAAAAAAAGUAGAUAGACUUAAAAGAUAUUUUAUUUUUAAAACCAGAUAUUUUCCUUUCUAAAAAAAUGGUGCCGUAUUCAGGAAAUGUUCGAGCUCCUGUCCUUUUUUAGUUUUUCACUUUGACAACAAACUUCACAUAAAACCGUCAGUUCCUUUGAACUUUUACCAAAACAAGCAACUUGUCCAGUGAUUUUAUGAAAACCUUUUUUUCUUUUAAAACCAGCACUUGGUACACAAAAAGCACUCUCAAAUAGUUCCCGAUUUUACCUGAAUGCAUCACAGAGAGUGGGCGUGUCUCUUGCCCAACAUGUCUGCGUAGAGUUUCUAUGAAAACUUUGGACAUUUUCGGAGGUUUUGUCAUUUUUUUGCGGGGAAAAUGCGCGUUGACCGGAGCGCGCGCUUCCUCGGUGUUUUGGGCGGCAGACGGGUUUCCAGGAGCCUGAUUUUAGUGACUUUAAUCUGCUCGAACCUGCCGGGCUGGGACUGUGAAGGCAUCAGUCCGGAGAGAUGCUUGAUCUGGGGUCCGGGGCUGAACCCAGACGCGGUUCUGCCCGUCCGGUACUUCUUCAUCCAGGCGGUAGACUCUGAAGGAAAAAACCUGACGUUUUCUCCAGGUAAAGACACAUUUAAAGUAAAGAUAAGUCCCCUGGACAGGAAGGAGCAUGUCCGCAUCCACGUCCCUCCCCCACAGGACAGAGGCGACGGGUCUUUCCUGAUGAGGUACCGGCUCUAUGGUUCUGCUCAGGCGGGCCUGAAGGUAGAGGUCCUACACCAGCAUGCUGCUGUCGCCAAAUCGCCGUACACCAUCCAAGGGCCUCUCUAUCACGAGUACUGCGACUGUCCUGAGGGGAGCGCCUCUGUGUGGCAGGACACCAUGCAGUGUCCCACGGAGGAACCGCAGGUUCUGGCGGACUUCAAGGCUUUUCCUGCUGUUCACCUGCAGCAGCUCAGGGAGGAAAUUCCUCGCAGGUUUGCCAAUCGAGGAGGUCUGAUUCACUACGCCGUCAUUGAUAACCAGCUGUUCCGCCGCACCCUGGGGAAAUACACCGACUUUAAGAUGUUCUCCGACGAGAUGCUGCUGUCCCUAACCAGGAAGGUAAGGCUGCCAGACGUGGAGUUCUUCAUCAAUGUGGGGGACUGGCCCUUAGAGACGAGGACAGAGGGGGCUGUCCCCAUUUUCUCCUGGUGCGGUUCUGUAGAGACUCGGGACAUCGUCCUCCCCACCUACGAAGUCACUCACUCCACCCUGGAGACCCUGAGAGGCGUCACAAAUGAUCUCCUGUCUGUCCAGGGCAACACAGGACCUGUGUGGGCCAAUAAGACGGAGCGGGCAUUUUUCCGGGGUCGGGACAGUCGUGAGGAGCGACUUCAGCUCGCUUUGAUGUCCAAGAAGAAUCCAGAGCUGCUGGAUGCCGGCAUCACCGCCUGGUUCUUCUUUAGGGAGCGCGAGAAACACGUGGGAAAAGCACCGCUUGUGGGAUUCUUUGACUUUUUUCAGUACAAAUACCAGGUGAAUGUGGAUGGAACUGUUGCAGCCUAUCGCUUCCCAUACUUGAUGCUGGGGAACAGCUUGGUUCUCAAACAGGACUCACAGUAUUAUGAGCACUUCUACCUCCACCUGAAGGCAGGAACUCACUAUGUUCCUGUGAAGAGAGACCUGUCCGACCUUUUGGAGAAGAUCCAGUGGGCCAGAGAUAACGAUGCUGAAGCUGAGGAGAUCGGCCGAGCCGGACAGGCGCUCGCUCGAGAGCUGCUGCAGCCCACCAGGCUCUACUGCUACUACCAGUCAGCGCUGCAGGCGUACGCCGAGAGGCAGACGGGACGGCCGCAGCGGCACCAGGACAUGGAGCUGGUGCCCCAGCAGAAUGACCUCAUGGCUGAAUGCACAUGUGCACGGCACGGCCUAAAGCCUGAGGAGAAGGACGAGCUGUGACGAACCACGGAGGAGGACACAAACACUCCUGUGGUUCACACAUUUAUGGAUUCACGGCACAUUAUAUAUAUUCCAUAAUCAUUGGAUUGGAAAUGAGCCGUGCACAUGGUGUGACACAAAAAUCCUCCAUAAAUUGUGCAGCCCUUGAAGGUAACAGUCGCUCUUAUUUAUUUACAUUAAAUGAAGGCAUAGAAUCUGGUCACAGUUCCAAAAAGGUUCUAUGAGUGUUGUCUACAGUAUAAGAACGUGUCUAAAUGUAGAAUAUUUGCUUGAAAUUAUUUGGGUAAUCUCCUUAUACAAUGACUGUAUAUGAGAUCUGGACUGAGUCAUCUAUAGAAAAUGGUUUAUUUCCAACUCCAACCAAAUGAAGUCUAAGCCGGUCGCCAUUUGUUUUGCAAAA